GCCAGUUCCGCAGGAUUCUGUUGGCUGUGAUCAGUCGGGCUUUAUUCAUGGCCCAUGGAGCCGUGCUGGUAUGGAGAGUGGUAGUAGUGAAAAGUAACAGUCUCUACUGGUUGCUACUGAUCGGCCUUCUUCUCUUGAGCAUUGAGAUGGUCGUGACGUUGAAACUAACUAGGAAAGGAGAAUGGAAAUGGUAACACUGCAAACUAAAAGCCUAACUAACUAUAUAUUGGCCACCCCAGUCUAAACACAUUAUACAACGUGCAUAAUAAUAACCCAUUAAAUAUUACAGGUAGAUAAUACAUUAGAAGAUGAAUAGAAGACAUGGGUAUAAUCUUGGAUUUUCUGAGGUUAAUUAUCCUUUAUUAUUACUGUACAAUAUUUUAGAUUUGAUAAAUCGCUGGGAAAAUAAUUCUUAUAAGCAGAUGUCAUCACAAAACAUUUAUUAACACAUUAAAUAACUAUUUAAUUUUGAAUAAAUAAAUGAAGAGGAGACAGACUAAUACUGUCUAGGGUUUAUUCACCAGGAAUUGUGGAGGACUGGGAAAGGAAAUUGCAGAUAAGGCAAAAUCGUGGAAAAAUUGCUUCGUUUUCCAUUUUUGCUUACUGAUUCUACUACUUUGACCUACAUUUUGCAAUCCCCUUUGCCUAUUCUCUAUAUUAAAUUAAAUGUGCAGAUUUAAAAAAAAAAAAAAAAUAAUUCACCUAUAAUAACACCUUGGUUAUUUUAAUCUGAAUUUUGGGAUUCUGUUUUCAGUUUAAUGCAGUUCAGUGAAUAGGCCCCAUAGUCUCUUUAUAUUAGGGUAGUAAAGCUAAUUGUACAGUUGUCUGUCCAGUUCUUACUUUGCCUCAAAAAUACAAAUUACAGGGUCACUCAAGGCACCAUCACAACUUUGUAUAAUCACAAGGCUGAUGGUGCAUGGUACAUCCCGAGUCUCUCUCUGCUCUGAGAGUGCAUUAGAACUGCAGAGAUGCAUAAAGCGUUCAGGGCUGUUUGUGUUAUUUUUGGCCAAGUUAUCUAUGCAGCGUCUCCACACCUCGUGCGCACCUUGAGCUGAGCUGUAAAAACUAAUAGCAGAUGCGGUAUGUCUGCUAUCCGUUUACAGAGCAAUUCCUCUCAUUCUAGGCAAUAAGUGAAGCUAUAUUGAUUAUCCCAUAAACCUUUGCUGUACAGAAGUCUAUAGUUUGGAAAGAUGCUGCCUGCAGAUGGAGGCAGACCCACCAAACUGAGCAGGGAAACUUUUAAGGUGGGAAAUUCCAAAAUGUGUAAUAUAAUUUCAUUAUAACAAAUAGGGGGUCUUUUCUACUCAAUAUUUGUCUUUAACCCCUUAAGGACCAAACUUCUGGAAUAAAAGGGAAUCAUGACAUGUCACACACGUCAUGUGUCCUUAAGGUGUUAAUUGUAACAAUGCUGCUUAAAACUGUUACUUAGUCCAACUGGAUUUGGUCCAACAAAAUAGAAACUAAGCAGCCACCAACCUAGUCCCAUUUACAAUAUAGAUGCAUUCAACUGAGUACUCCAAACUUUGUGUGUGUGUGUGUGUGUGUGUGUGUAUAUAUAUAUAUAUGUGUGUGUGUGUGUGUAUAUAUAUAUAUAUAUAUAUAUAUGUGUGUGUGUGUAUAUAUAUAUAUAUGUGUGUGUGUGUGUGUAUAUAUAUAUAUAUAUAAAUUGGGGGCUGCAUUGAAAAUAUUGGCCUUGGAGCAGCAAGGAUGGUAAAUCGAGCCUUGCCCGCUGUUGUGGUUAUGGUUGCAGGUGUUCCCUGGCACCAUUGGAGGAUCCAGGGGGUGGGCAAUGGGGCAAUUGAGCCCCCCCGAGAUUCUCCCCUGGGCUGGCAUUGUCCAAGUGCCAGCCCUGCAAUGUGCCUGCGGACCGGGGAGGGAGAUCAGAGCUCAGACAUCUCCCUCCCCGGUCCGCAGGCACCGUGCUGACAGCCGGCAGGGGAGGGAGAGGGAGGAGAGAGGACCCGGGAGCUCUUACCUGCAGCUCCUCCGGGUCCUACUCUUGCGAGCACGGAGCGUUACCGCGGCAACGCUCCAAAUCUCGCGAGAGUGAACCUGGAGCAAAGGGCUAGAGUUCACCUCACCACCACUGGGACCACCAGGGAAUCUCCACCGGACCACCAGGGAUGGAGAAAUGUCCCCCCUCCUCCUCAAUAAAGGUAAGAAGGGAGGGGGAACAUAAUUAUAUUGAUUUUAUUAAAUAUUUUUUUUUAAAUAUAUAUAUUAAAAAGCCUCCCUACCCCCCUCACCCCCCUAUACACACACUGCACACCCAUAGACACAUUUCCCCCCAUACACACACUGCCCCCCAUACACACACUGCCCCCAUACACACAUUGGCCCAUACACACACUGCCCCCCAUACACACACACUGCCCCCCAUACACACACUGUCCCCCAUACACACAUUGCCCCACACAUACAUACAGUGCCCCCCAUACACACACUGCCCCACACACACAUACAGUGCCCCAUACACACACUGCCCCACACACACAUACAGUGCCCCCCCAUACACACACUGCCCCACACACACAUACAGUGCGGUUGAACGGUUUGACUACUUACUCUGGGAUGGGAUCCUGGCACUACUGGCACCAUAACUACUAUACUGAGCUGUAGUGGUUAUUGUGUCUGGAUUAUUUAUUUAAAUAAUCUACAAGUGCCCCUCCCGAGAUCAGGCUCUGGAUCCGCCACUGCCUGUCACCAUCCCACACUCUCAGACAAUGAGCAUUAGAGCAUGGUCCUAUAUCAGCCAUGCUUUGUUUUACAGAGAUAGCUGAAUUAUCUUGAUGCAUGUGAUGCGGGUGCAAGGGACUACACAGGUACGUAAUCAAACCAUGCAGAAACGUUGACAUCUUACUGUGGGAUGGCUUUUAAAACUGCACUACAGCAAGUGUACAGAACUGUUGGAGAAAGAGCCAAGUGACACAGCAUUUCCAUGUUUGAUGCCCAAGUGUACAUGCACACGAGACAUCAUAGAAAUGACAGUUCUGCGUUAAAGAAACAUCUAAAUUAAAAAACAAUCUACCAUUACUGAUUACCAAUAUAAAACAGACGUACAAUAAUUGUAUCUGCUGAAAGGUUUCUAUGUAAUGUUCCCGCACGAACACAAAGAAAAUGAUAGUUUGUUCGUUCUAUACGUAAAAUUGUACGUCAGCACCAAAUCUCUACUUACCUUUAAGAAAGUCUGAAGCAUUAGUCACGGGUAAAAGAAUUCACUGUUACCUUAGUGAGUCAUUAAAAUAUGCAGAAUCCAUUUUAACAAUUGGUUUUUGAUGGAAAUUAAGAGCUUCAUUUUGAUGUAUUUUCGCAAUAAGCGGUCAUCAUCCAUAUUUAAAAGAUUAGGUUUGCAUAUCUUCAUUUUCUUCUUAAUCAGUCUGGGCUCAAUUACCACAGCCUGAUGGUACAGAUUUGAUAUAAUCAUCGUCUGAAAGGCACCUUUCUUUGGUGAACUGUCUUUCAUUUCCAUUUACCUUUGAGCAUUAAAUAGAGUAAAGUAUUCUCAUUUUCCUUACUAAUAUAAUUUCUCUACAUAAGAUCACUCCUGCUGUAGUUUACAUAAAUUAUGUAGAUGGCUCCAAUUAGAAGUAUAAAAUUUGUCUUGACAGUACUACGCUGUUAUGGAAAAAAGAUUGAAUCAUUUGCAAGUGCAACACAAUCCUUUUAAUAUUUACUCAGGGGCUAUAUAUAUAGAUCUAUAUAUUUGUGGUCAGAAACAUAUUAGUAAUAAGCGUAAAUCGUGUUAAUGCAAAGUUGGUUGGGGUGUGCCGUAACCAACGUACGGGUAGGCCUGACUUAAAAUAGGACAAAAGGUAUCAAAGAAAAACAUACUUUAUCGCAGAAAAUUUACAGAGUUAAACUUUUACAAGUUUUCCUCAUUCCUUUCUCUGGAUGGGGAAUAUAUCGAUUAUAGACUGAGGAUUUCCAUCUCCCCAAUCUCUUGAUAAUGCGCACUGGGGUGUCGGUGCUGAAAGUGUCGGAAGGUGCACCUAUUCUAAACGAAUGACCUGAGAAUGAUGCUGGGUUAAAACCUAAAUUCAAGAGUAGGGUCCUGUUAUAGAAGAUGAAUUUAGCAGUAGUAAGUGCUUGAAGUGAGAGAAGUGGUGAGUUAUAUAUGAUAUGAUCGAGUAUGGACAGGUAGGAGUCAAGUAUUUUAACCGGGCACCACUUGUUCCCGGUGGGAUACAGCGGGAUAGUGGAUGGCUGAUUAGUGUGAUUCGUUUUAGAGAUUGUGGUGUGUCUUAAUAGUUGAUAUUUUUUUUUCCCAAAUUUUUUUUUUUCCAAAGUGCAAUGCUUACAGUUUUGAGACAAUGCAAUAAGGUACAAUCAAUAUUGAACAUGAGUUUUCAACAAACUUGUGUAAGCUAACCUCUGUGGUCUUGUCAUUAUAAAAGUGAGCAAUCAAAGCAACAGCGGUAAUUGAAAUAAAUAGCAGUAAACUUGUUUUUAAAGGGGGAUAAGAAUGAGAUGAGAAUCGGUCUUCCUUCCAUGGGUGUUGGUAAGGCGACUGAAUAGAAUAGGGGUGGGGGACGUCAGGGAGUGUUUAGUAGACUUUCAAUGGGGUGGUGGGUUACGGGUCUGUCUUCUGGUCUCCGUUACCAAGUCCUGUAUGUCGCCCAUCAGGGUUUUGGUCUGGUUAUGCAUAGACCGUCAUGUAGUCGGUGUGGUGAGCAGGAUGCGAGUUGCUUGGUCCUCUUGAGGAGCCUGCAGUAGUGUUUUCGCUGUGAUUCAUACCAUGCUUGGGCCCAGGUCGUGUUGAACCGAAUGAGGGAUAUCUGAUAUUUUAAGGCUUAAAAAUGAUGUUUGUUUGUUUUGCUACAGUAAACUCUCGUGCCGCGUCAGUCAUGAUAAAGGGUGAUAAGUGAGAAAGAGGUGGGAUAAACAUAGAAAUACUAUUCCAAGAUAUUAGAAAAUGGUGCCAAAUGCGUAACUCCGCUCUGGCUGGGGGGUGUAGGAGAAAGGUGGCACCAUCAGACAAGCCGGGUAGGAGACAAAGAAGCCUGGAAAUGAACACCAUACCAUGUGGGAUGAUUCGCAUAGCAAAAUUUUACGAGCCCAGUAAAGACUGGAGAUCUCUGCGAGUACACGAACCAACCCGCAGGAAUCAGCCCAAUUCCUCUUGGAUGCGUACCAAUUUCUCAUCUGGGAGGCUUGCCUGAAAUGCCACUGUGUCCAAGCUGAUACCCAGAAACACCAAUCUGGUAGAUGGUCCAAGAGUUUUAUCAGGUGAAACAGGGAAAAAAAGAGCUGUGGUGCUGAAAAUACUUUGUGGCGUCUGUGUACCAGAUUCCACCAGUAAAAAGUUGUUAAGGUAGUGAAUCACUUUGUGACAUCGGACGACAUUAAGGAUAUUAAGGAGCAUAGCGUUUCUUUGAAAAUAUUGAACAGUUUCAGGAUGCUCCUGAACCAAAAGUCAAUCUAGUGUAAAAGUAAUAAUUUCAACUCCUCUUAAUACAAUGAAUAUGCCACAUGGAUGGGUGGAUUGUGAAUCUGCUUGUACGCAUUGGAGAUGUCUGUUUUGCUUAGCAGAGAGUGCUUACCCAUGUGCCUGAAUGGCAGAAUCCAUGGUGGCGUAAUGGAUGGAGAAUUCUUCAGCUGGGAUGAGUGAGUUAAUGCUUAGUGUAUGUGAAGAAUGAGGAGCCGAAAGAUAAAAAAUAAGCCAUUUUUUAUUGGAGGAUUUGUUUGAUACAACACCGAUGGGGUUCGAGCGCCAUAACUGAAAAGGAGGAUGGGUGAAGGGGCCUAGCAAAAAAACCUAACUGGACUUCCUUCGCCAGUAGAGUAUCUACUGCUGUGGGAUCAGAGUAAGCCGAUAACAGGUUGGGGCACUCAAGUGUGCCGGAUGAGAGUGCAACUAGACCUGUGUGAAAACCCUCAUAAAAACCAGACACCAAGAAAUCCACCAGGUGAGGAGAGGGUUGUGAUCUCAAGUGAUAAGUGAGUUUGUCCAAAUUAACCACCGUAAGUCAUUUCCUGAUAAAAAGCUUGGAGGGGCACAUAGAUUUAGCGUGUACCCUAAAGCAUAUAGAACAGAUGUGCUAAAACCGACAUGCACUGUAAUUGCAGGUACCCGCAUUAAAGUUGUUGCCUUACCCAGGAAAAUGAUGGGUCUGCCCAGUUUAUCCUUCUGGCCCCAAUCUUGACCCACGGAGGAACCUGGAUUGGCACGUGCCGGGGCUGAGGAAGUGGAAAGUUCAGCUUCGCAGGGGCACAAGUUGGUGGAAUGAGAGGAAGAUGAACAAACCGCACAAGCAGGGGGCUUCAAGCCAGCGAAAUGCCUGCAAAACAGCUUUGUGUCCCCAGCUAGUUUAAAUAUUAAACUGGGCCAGAGCUUGAGGUAGUCGUAAAAAGCAAAUCCACCAACUUGUGCAAGUAGAGAUCCUGUUCCUCCCGCCUCUGGGGGUACACAGAACAGAUCAUGUCCGUGUAGAGCCCAAAGGCGAGUAUGAACUUGGGGAUUGAUAGUUUUUUAUUUAGUCUAGGAUCCCUGGCCUUAAGGACCACAGACAAAUCCCUGUAGCUGUAUGUCCUGUUUUUUAUAAUGUCCUGUAAAGCUAUUAAUAGUGACACCAAGUUGACAUCCUUACCAUCAAGAAUGUCUUUCCUGAUGGCGGGGGAGAUCAAAUGUUCAAGUGUGAUAAUGUGACGGAAGAGUAGACCCAGUGCUUAAACCACCCUGUGUGACUGUAUCCUCAGCUGGCUUAUCCGCAGAGGCCUGAGGAUUCUGGUGAGCAGUUUCCAGCACUGUCAAAAGGAGUCGAACACUAUUCAUGAACAUACGAAAACCGGGGAAAGCCCCUGAAGUGGGCGCUCAUGAGAACGCCUCGCAUUACCUUCCAAAACUGAUUCCCCACCCCUGCUUUAGAAUGACAAAGCAGUUGUAGUUAGAAAACAUCUGGGGAUCUACCUUUCGGGCACCUGAAUAUAUCUCAAUACCAUCCAUUUAUGUAUCUUAUAGGACAUCACUCUCUGUAUAUAUACGUCCCAGAUAAUUCCCCAGGUAUCUGCAUCUCAACAUCUGUAUGUCAGGCCCCAUUUUUGUUUUUAACUUUUUUUUUUUUUUUUAUAAGUCGUACCUCAGCUGUAGUUGAGAGAGACACUCCACUAAAGCUAGGGCAUCACGGACCCCAUUUGUGUUUUAGGUUAUAUAAGUAUAUUUUAUUUAUUGUGUCCUUUUAGCACAACAGAAGAGAGAAUAACACUGUGCUGCUCUGCCAUCGAAAGACUUACUUUCACCUAUUUUCAUAUUUUCUCUCUACUAAGUUUCGUUCAUCAGAAAUGUUGCCUUUCACCAUGAUAAACAAUUUUAGAAACCUUUACUUUUUUUGUCGACAAUUUCUUAAAACCUGUUCAACGGCCAUUUACUAAAUUUAGGUUCUAGAUAACCUGAUUUUAAUUUGAGCUUAGAGGCCAUACAGCAAGCAAGCAUUUCAUUCUUCCUGCAUAUUCUAAAUCUGAUACCUAGUCAGAAUGUUUGAAGAGUCCCUGGCUCUAAUCCUCUAGCAGAUUUUAGCAUUUUGAAAAAAAUAAUUUUUUAUAAAUAUAAAUAGAUAUUUAUUUUAAAUUUCAGGUUACUUGCUUAAUUAAAUAUUGUGAUGCAAUAUCAUCCAACACAACACUGAAAGAUCAUUAGAUAUUCAAUUGACAAUUACAGCAAAAUUAAACCCCUUAAAACAGAACUGUCACUGUCUGGGGACUUUGCAAAAUUGUAACAUACCCCCGGCAGUAACGUCGCUGCUGGUGGCUGGGGGGAGCAGGUAAAGGUGAGUUUUAGUUUUAUAUACCUGAACCUGGUGAUGCAGGUAAUGCCAUCCUCUACCAGCCCAGCCCUGUACUGCUGAUUGUGCUUUAGGGUCAGAAGCAGAUGCAUGCGCGAGUGUACAGCAUUGAGAUCUAUUGAGGAUCCCAUGAGACCCUCCAUGUAUAGAGCCAACUCCAUGCAGCUGUCACUUGUGACCACUGUGGGAUUGAUGCUUUUUAACGGUGCCCAGUGUCAAGAAGUGUCAGGCAUAGGGAAAAUAAAGAGACAGUCAAAAGAUGUCUCAGGAUAUAUUUUGUCUGGGUUAGAAUUUCAGUAAAAUGCCAACAUAGUCAAUAUGAGUAUAUCAGAAAGAUUAAGGGGUGUGCGAGUGCUGCUUUAACGCGGCACUGUCAUGGCCACUUAUUUUAACCCCUCUCCCGACUCCACUACAUUUAAUUGUCCCCCUAGUAACCCACAAAUGCCCUUUGGUUCCCCAUUUUACUCUUUUUUUUUACCCUUAGAUUUCAUGCCCAGAUCUUGUCAUGGGUGCCGCCAUCUUAGUGUGGGCAGAUGAAGGCCCUGUUGGACACGUCAUCUGCCAAAACUAGACAGCGCUGAAAAUUCCUGACCAUGCCCAGUUCAGCUUGAAAAAUUCGGAUAGGAAUUUCGGCUAUUCGUUAAUUAAUCAGAAAGACAAAUGAAUGGAAAUUACAAAGAACAAACGGUAUUCAAACCAACAAAGACCAUUAGUUCAGUUUAUUACAAGGAUGGAGCUACCGGCUCUAUUUUCAAUAUGUAAAAAUAGAAGCAACGGGUAGCUCUGCUCACCGCCAAUUCCUAAAUUUCUGUGACCACAGGAAAUGGAGCAGAAGGUCUAGUGUAGAAAAAAUAAAUAAUACAAAGGAGUCCCUACUUUGUCUUAUGUUUUAAAGAGCAUUAGAUCAGUUAGGAAGAAAAGAAGAACAGAUUCUGAGAGUGGAAGAGAAGAGGAAGCGAUUGGGGAAAGGUAAGUUUGGUGUGACAGUGCCACUUUAAGGACUAAUGGAUUUCAACGAAAUCUGGUCACUGAAAAUCCUAUGCCAAUUUGUAAUGCUUUGCUUAUUUAUAUAAAAGUCUAUAGAGCUCUGUCAUUAUUAAAUGAGGGGGAAAUGGAAUUCUGUUAAAGGAUCUUUAACGACUGGUUUAUUGCAGAGGGAUUAUUCCUUCGUUGGUUAUAAAGUGUUAAAAUAGCCUGGUUAAACGAAUAAUACAAUAAAAAUUCACAUGAUGGAACUUUUCAAAAAUGUAAUAGUGAACAAUAUUAUCUUCUGUAGGUUUUCCCCAAUGGUUUUUCUCUAUUUGAGUUCAACAAUCCCCUCUGUCUUUCUCUUGGAACUUGAGCUGCUUGAAACCAGAAUCUUAAUCUCCAACUCAACCAUGGAUCAAGAUACUUUAGAACAGGUAUCCAUUUUUAUUUACCAUUGUUGUAAAGUACCUAUAUUUUCAUCAGUAGCUGGGCACUGUUAAAGAGUUACAAAUAAAUAAUCAAUAAAUUAAUAAAAGAAUAACAAUUAAAAAGUAGUACCGGUAAGAUUAUGUGUGAAAGUCAACUUAAAGGGACGCUAUAGUCACCAAAACAACGUUAGCUUAAUUAAGCAGUUUUAGUGUAUAGAUAAUGCCCCUGCAGUCGCACUGCUCAAUUCUCUACCGUUUAGGAGUUAAAUCACUUUGUUUAUGCAUCCCUAGUCACACCUCCCUGCUUGUGACUUACACAGCCUUUCAAAACACCUACUGUAAAGUGAGAUCUGAUGUUUACAUUUCCUUCAUUGCACAGUCUGUUUAAAUUAGAUUUUCUUAUCUCCUGCAGUAUUAAUAGUUGCUAGUCUUUGCAAGAGCCUCCUGUGUGCAUUCAAUUUACACAGCAGGAGAUAAAAACUUCUAAACCAAGUUAACAUCUGGUUGAAAAUUAAACUUUUUUUUUUUCAUGCAGGCUGUGUGAGUCAUGGCCAGGGGAGGUGUUGCUAGGGCUGCAAAAACAGAAACAAAAUGACUUAACUGCUAAAUGGUGGAGAAUUUAGCAUUUAUUUACCAAAACUGCUUCAUUAAGGUAAAGUUGUUUUGGUGACUUGAUUUGGUGUCAAGUGACUGAGUCUGGCUAUAGGUUGUAGUAGUUUAGGUAGCCAAAGUCAGGAUAUUUUAGAGAUGGAUAAUAGUGCUGUUACCACAACCACAAAAUGAAAGAUUCAAAAUAAUUAAAUGGAGACUACACAGUGGAUUUACCAUCCAAUAUGUACAUAAUGUUUUAAGGAGAAAGUAUGGGGUAAAAUUUCCCGCUACUUUCACUGCAUUCUAUACAGAAUGCAUUAAAAUUGUAAAAUAAAAUGAUAUACAUAUAUUCAAGGUAUUUCUAUGAUGCACUAAUUAAUAGGUCUUCAUGCAGCUGCAGUUAACCCUUUCCCUCAUCCAGAAGAAACCCUUAUCCCAUCAACUUUGUCAAAGCACAAGUACAAAGUGGAGAAAACUGAUACAAGCAGCCUGCUUGAUUGACAGCUCUGAAGGGUUGGCUUACAGCUUCAGCUAUUUUUACAAAUCCCUGCAAAUCUAAACCACACUCAGAGCUGAGUAUAGUCCAAGGGGGCUCUCUGUACCAUCACCCUUGCAGUUGUGCUAAGAGUAACCCUUUAAUGUACAUUCAUUAUAGAUGCAUAGAAAUGGGAGAACAUUCAUGUUAAAAUAUGGAUAUUCUUUUGAACUGUGUGGGGAUCUCUUCCUUCUGAUACCUCAAUCAUUCAUACACAAAACUUAUGGACUACUAGGGCAGGCAGCCAAUCCCAGACCUCUCAGCUGAUCUGUUAGUAUUCGUGGAGGGAGUCUAAUUUACAAAUACUAGCAGAAGAAAAAAAGUAGACUUUGUAGAUGAUGGAUUGUAGAAGGGAGCCAGAUUGUUUUUGUUCUGUAUUGUUUUUUUUUUGCAAUAAAGGUAGUGCAGUAUUCAGUAAAGUCAAAUAUUCAACAGUUGCUUCCAUCCAUUAUACAUUAUGCAGGAAACAUUCCUAAACAUAAAUGUUUAUUUGUAGGAAUUAACAAUAUUUUAAUUGUUUAUCAGGAAACGAACUUCAGCACCUAUACAAACUGGGCGCAAAUACUGGAACAGAUUAUGGUUCUUGUUUUGGUUGUCGGACGGUGGCUUGCACCAAAAGGAGAGAUGAAUAGAGACCAACUUACACAACUUCUCCUGCUCUAUAUUGGUUUAGGAGCUGACAUUUUGGAUAUGUUAAAUAUGAUAAAAACACCCGGAGUGGAUACAAAUUGGCAAGUAGCCAUUGCGGGAUUAUGUCUUUUCAGCUGUGCACUCUUGCAGUUCACACUAGUGCUCACUCAGUCCUCCGACCCUCCGGAAACAAACAAUGAACAAGACACACAAACGCCCGUAAAUGGAAGCAGGAGAUCUUGCUGCGCAAGCGAAGUAUGGAGCCUACUAUCUGGACUGUGCCAACAGGAUGGGCCUUUCCUUGUCUUCCGCCUUUACCUUUCAAUUGGAAAGCAAGUGAUUGAUGAAUUGAUGAUAUUCUUCAUAUGCAAAAAUGCCCUGACAGUCAUUAUAGAAAUUUACAGGAUUAUUAUAAUACAUGUUAGACACAGGAGGCAAAAUACAUAAACCUAUUGCAACAGGAUUAGACCACAAUCUGAAAAGCCACUCUAGCCUCAGUUUAAUAUUGUUGGAUAAGC